AUGGCCAUGAAUUUCUCGUCCUUUGCCUCCGAAAUUACCGCCCAAGUGUCACAAAUAUCGCCAUAUUCAAUACCUGGAACGCUUUGGACGUACUACUUGGAUUAUCUAUGGUUCUACGAGCCGGAUUCAUGGGUGGCCAGGAUCGCGUAUUCUUUUCGAAUAAUGGCCAUCCUCAUCAGUCUUCCUAUCGUCAUUCUUGCACUCUUGGACAUAUCCUCGUAUGGGAUCGCCCGUACACUAGGUGUCAUCGAAGAUGUCAAGGCUUCAACGAGCGACAAACCAACCGUACACGCCGUCAGCUCAAGUGACACACCCAUCAUCCGCAUAUCAGGUUCCCUCAGCCCGUCGUCCACCGACUCGCUGCUCAGCGACUCUGACCGAGAGUCCACGACAAACCACGCCUUGCACAACAGGAUGCGCAGUCCCCUGUCCGACUCGGUCGAGAUGAGUGCAUCCGAGUCCUCGUCGCAGGAUUCACAGCCCUCCGUGUAUUAUGCGGGUGAAGAUACCAGCCUCAAGCUUGCAGGGGUGGGCCUGUUCUCUCCAGCUGCCUCUCAACCACCUUCACCCACGAUUAGUCGCCGCCACUUACCGCAAGAAGAGCAGCUUCGACACAGAAUCCAGCAAGCCAGCAGCACGAUCGAGGAGUAG